UUAAUUCCUCUCGUGUUCCCCGUGUGAGACCUUAUAUUAUUAUCCCCAUAAUAACCAGUUCUGUUCUCCCCCACAUCCAAUGGCAGCUCUUUAAACUCGAAACUGCUGCAAUUUUUCAACCAAAAUUGAACACGUGCGAGAAACAGCCUCAGCCACGAAUCGUGUAAUCACGCGCCGUAAGAUACACGUUUGGAAUGUUUUAACCAAAUUUGGUCUUGAACAAGUGUCUUGACACCCUGAGGUAAGGUAAGUAAAUAAGCUCUAGUGAAAGCCAUACUGUGAUACCCACCAAUAGCAUCAGCCACCACAAAUACACGUAGCAACAAAAUCUAACGUUCCUCUCACCAUAACGGCAUAACAUCUAUUUUCUUCCUUCCUCCACGCGCCGCCUCACUCCGUCGACGUUCAUGGGUGCAACUGAACCUGUAGUUGAGGAAGAAAAUGGAGAAAAGGAGAGGACGAUAGGAGGAGAAGGAGAAGAGAGAGAUGUGGAAAAAGGUGAAAUGGGCAGUCAACAAAGGGUGCCACCAGAGACAGGCAGUGAGAAUUUUCACGUGUCGAGAAUGCAAAGAUUGAGUGCUACAAAUCCUCUAAGGGUUGUAAUGAAUUCGGGAACUAGAGUUGCUUCUCCAUCUCCUUAUCAAGCUCCGGCACCACCUCCUCAUCGUAAGCACCGUUAUUUUCGGUCUCCUUUUCAGCACCGCCCUUCUCCAGCUCCGGCUCCGCCUCCCGUUGAUUAUCGUCCCUCUCCGGUUAUGGCUCCGCCUCCCGCUGAUUAUCGUCCCUCUCCAGCUCCGGCUCCGCCUCCGGCUGAUUAUCGUCCCUCUCCGGUUAUGGCUCCGCCUCCGGCUGAGUACCGUCCUCCUCCAGCGCCUUCGCAGACUCGCUCCACCCCUGCCAUUACUCCUCAACAACCUUCAGUAAUAACACUGAACUCAAGAUCCUACACGAACAAGUUUUCACUUUUUCUGUUCCUUGUACACAUGAUUGCGGCAAUUGGGCUAGUUUGUUUUCUCGUAUUCAAAGGGGUUCAAGGUCUACUAGAAGCAGGGGAUGUACGAAGAAAAGAAAAGAGGUUAUUAAUGUAUUUUCUACCACAAGUAGAAGCAGCUUCUCUACUUAGCAUAAUACUGGCAUUUGUAUGGCAAAAGGCAUUGCGAUUGUGGCCUACAUUCAUGAUUCAUUUCGUAAUUUGGGGUUCCUUUAUCCUCACAUUAUCAGCUGGAAUACUCUUGAUUUGUUUCCAAAGACCUUCAACUGAUGGUGUUGGAGUUGUGUUUAUCAUGUUUGCAAUUGGCAAUGGAUUGUACUCAUGUUGGGUGACACCAAGAAUUAAGUUUUGUACAAAGAUUUUAAUCAAAUCUCUUGAACCUGUACCGAAAUUCGGCGAUUUGAACAGGCCAACUUAUAUAACACUUUUUGCUGGAUUUUUAUGGAUGUCAUUGUGGAUUUUGGCUGUGAUUGGGGCUAUAAAUUUCUAUUUCCCACCAUUGGUUAUUAUUUUAUUGGUUUUGAGCAUGGCUUGGAUUACUGAGGUGAUGAGGAAUGUGGUGAAUUUGACAGUGAGUAGAGUGAUUGCUCUGUAUUAUCUUAGAGGGAUGCAAUCUAGCACACAGUUUUGUUUCCAAAGGGCAUUGUCUGUGAAUCUUGGAAGUGCUUGCCUUGGUUCUUUGUUUGUUCCUGCAAUUGAAGCUCUAAGGAUUGUGGCUCGUGGGUUGAAUUUGCUUGAGGGUGAAGAUGAGUUCAUGUUUUGUUGUGCUCAUUGUGGAUUGAAAGUCAUGGAUUCUAUCUUCAAGCGUGGCAAUGGCUGGGCAUAUGUUCAGAUUGCAACAUAUGGUAAAAGCUUUGUGAAGGCAUCACAAGACACAUGGGAGUUAUUUCAAAAGAGAGAAAUGGAGACAAUAGUAGAUUCGGACAUGACAAGUGCUAUUUGCUUUCUAACUGGAGUAUGUAGCGGUUCGAUUUGUGUAAUUGUGGUUGGGGCUUGGACUCACACCGUAUACCCCAAUUUCACAGCCACGUUGUCCCUCCUAUCAGCCUACGUUGGUUACCUUCUGACUAGGAUUGCCAUGGCUUUGCCUCAGGCUUGUGUGAGUAGUUACUACGUAUGUUACGCUGAGAAUCCUGAUAGCAGACUGUUCGAUGAGACUAUUCCAGAACGACUAAAUUCUAUGAAGUCUGAUCGUGAUGCUAUUGUCCCAACGCCUAGAUCUGUUCCUGCUCGAUUCGCACGGUAGCACCUCAGUUAUGCAGAUGUACAUAAUUUUUUGUUCAAGAUAACCAUUGUUAGAUCAAUUUAUUAUUAGGACAGACGUGAUGAUGUGAAAUAACCAUCACCAGUAUUUGAUUCUUUUGAAAAAAGAAAUGGGGGGUGCCCACUCAGAUUUCCCAACAAGAACGCCAGGAGGAGGUGUCUUAUGGUCCUGUCUUUUGUAUUAUAAUAAUUUGGGAUAAACUAUUUAGUUAUAUGUUCUCACCACUAUUUUAAUGUCAACAUCUUAGUUAGGUAAACCUAAUGUUAUUUAAUUUAUUAGAUUUUAUUCUUUACGUAUUCAUGUAAAGUUGGAACUAAUUGUUUUCGUUUUUCAUAUUUUAAUCUUCUUAUUUUUUGUUC